CUUAUGAGGCGUUUACUACCUUCAAGUGUCCGUGUUUUGGAUCGGUCACCUAAGUUUUUAUCUGCCCUGUUGCAGUUUUACAUAUAAAAAAAUGGCACGAUUUCUCCUCAGAGCAGACCUCCGGAGGUGCGUCGCCUCUCAGAUACGGAUGGCAUCUGAUCAGCUUGGAGAGUUGGGCAAGGGAGCGGGCAAAGGUGGAGGUGGAGGAGGCUCUGUGAGGGAGGCAGGGGGUGCAUUUGGAAAGAGACAAGUGGCACAAGAGGAGCAUUACUUUAGGCAAAAGGAGAAGGCGCAGAUGGAGGCACUGAGGAAGCAUCAUUCAGAGGAGAUUGAGCACCACAAAAAGGAGAUUGAGCGCCUACAAAGGGAGAUUGACCGCCAUAAGGGCAAAAUUAGAAAGCUGAACCAUGACGACUAAAGCCAGUUAUCAUCAUCUGAUUCCAAAGUCAAUCAAUAUCUUCUAUUGAUUGGUUUACUGCUGGCCAAGGCAGGUCCACUUUGAACUGCCUUAAUUAUUACCAAUAAAGCACUUAAUUUUUUUAUUUCAUGAAA